AAACAGGGCUCCGUCACUAGUGUUAAGUUUACAACCCCUCUUGCUGGUACAAAACUCUGGUCAAUAAGUAAUUAAUUACCUGUUAGGCUGAGGGGUCAUGUUGGGCCCAUCUGUUUUGAAGCGGAUAGUCACGGCUGACACCGGUCAACACUCUAAAGAUGAUUCGUAUGUCAGUGCUGGUUAGUCUUGCCCUCGCCGGGUGUCUAUCGCUUAGCAAUGGAGACCCGACAAGCGAAAGCCUCGAGUUGGAUAGGGCCAUGUCCGAGUUCUCACUCAGGCUAUACAAGGAGCUUGCACUGCAAAAAUCCAACGCAAUCUACUCGCCCGCCAGCAUUUACCUUGCUUUGUCCAUGGCUUACCUUGGGGCGAGGGGCAGUACGGCUGAAGAAAUGAGAACUGUCUUACAGGUAAGCUUUGGAAACAUCUCUCAACUUUGAGUAUUUAUAUAUGGACUAUAGCUUAUUUUCUUCGCAUAUUUAUUGUCGUCCAGGAAUAACAUGUUUCGAGCAAUCCAUUCGUCCUCGCGAGAUGACGGUGCAACUUUUUUUUAUGCACUUCCGCGAAUGACUGAGGUCGAUUAUAGAGUGUUUUUUUCGUUGAUGUACCUUCACUGCUCAUUUCCUUUACCCAUUAAUGUUUCUUUCUUCGGCAAGGACUUCUUUCCAUGCAUUCUCAGUCUUUUGGAUUCCUAUUUUUACAGGUGUUCGCCAGACGGAAUCUGUCACCAGCGAUAAUUGUUCUUGUAGCUCCCUCCAUUUUGUUUACAUACAUCUUUAUAGCUUAGUGGUGGGGGUGGUUUCCUGUCCUUAUUCCAGUUUUCCAUAAGGGCAGUCCUUAUAUGGCCUAACUAGCAGCGACGCCUGUUUACUACACGUUGAGAAAAUGCUGCUCAUUUUGAUACGACCCAGAACAUCUUUUUUUUUUUUUUUUUAAAGCACCGUGUCCUGCCACUGAAUGCUCAUAAUGUGACACAUCAGACAUUUUUGUAAUUCAUUCAAAUCAUGAUCAGUCCUAACUCCCUGCAGAAGAUCAACACGUUUUUUUUUUUUUUUUUUUUUUUUUAAAGCACCGUGUCCUGCCACUGAAUGCUCAUAAUGUGACACAUCAGACAUUUUUGUAAUUCAUUCAAAUCAUGAUCAGUCCUAACUCCCUGCAGAAGAUCAACACGUUUCUGUAGCUCACCACCCUUUCGUGUUGUUAGGAAAAAAAAUCGUCGGCUAGCGGCAGUUAAGAAUAAAGAUAUUGAGUCAUCUUGCCAACACACCCGAUUUUCCAUACUUGCAGUCCCUGAUGACAAACUGCAGGAGCAGGAAGAAGACAAAAAAAAAUGGUGUGACAUCUUAGGUUUGCGGCUAUGAAUGAAUCAGAUAAAAGUAUUUUUUUAAAAACAUAAUUUCUUCAUCUCGUUUUAUUUAUUUAUAUUAUUGAAAUUUAAUAAAUUUAACUGUGUUGGCGUCACAUGUAAUAUAAAAAAAAAUUAAUUAAUUACAGAUUAGAAACGUCACGAACAUACACGAAUUGCACCGGAAAUGGCUCGAGUACAUAACAACAAGGAACGAUUCCACGUUGCUGGUUUGUAACAGCGUCUGGUCCAAUCCUAACGUCAUCGUUCACCAGGAGUAUAAGGUACCACAUUUAAUGGUAACGGGAUGGACACAUAGCAUAGUAUCUACAUACUAUGCUCAAAUCUGAUAUUUUGUGUUCCCUAGUAAUUAAUGUGUGCACUUCAAAUGGGUUUUCUUUUUAAAUUGAAAUAUAUAUAUUUUUUAAAAUUAUUAUUUGCGUGUUUGUUAUAUUUCUGAUAGUUGUGAAUGCUUUUUGCUCUCAUGUGUAGAGAGUUAACCAGAAAUGAGUAUAAUACAAAUAUCUGAACUCUAAAGAAAUGCAUUUUUUUAUGAACAAUAUUAAUCAAUUUUUUGUUAAAAAUAAAUAAUUUGUACAAUUAAAUAAAACCUAAAAAUAAAGUAUUUCGUAUAAAUUCUUUAUGAGCAUUCUUUUUCAUUGUAUUUUAUAUUAAUAUUCUAACCUGCUUUUUCUAAUCUUAAGAGUGUUGACCUGUGUUAGCCGUGACUAUCCCCUUCAAAACAGGUGGCCCGAAAUACCCCCCCCCCCCACCUGCUUUUACACCGAAGAUUAAUUUUAUCAAUUAUAUCCUAAAAACAAAAGAAACUAUUAGCAUAAAAUUUGAAAAACAGGGAAAACUGAUCUUUUUAGUGGGUUGGGUUUUGGGGGCGGGGUUGAAAUUUUUAUAUAAAAUAAGUUGUCAUCGGCCACAGGUCUAUAUGUCAUGUUUCAGCUCGAUAGAUUGACGGGAAAUGGGCCAAUUCGUCGUCCGAAGAUUUUGCCAUAAACACACAAAAGCGAAGUGAAUAAAAAAGGAUUUAAAAAGAACAAGUUAUCCCUCCCACCCCGUAAUAAGAGAUGACACUUAAUUUAAAAAAAAAAAAUAAUUAAAAAUGCAAUAAAGUUGUGUAUGUCUCACCCAGGACGAGCUGAUCAGUCGAUAUUACGCUGAUGUUGAGCGGCUGAACUUUUCAUCUCCUGACGGCCCAGAAAAACCCAUCAACGAUUGGGUGUCCAACCGGACCGCCGACAAUAUUCGCGAGAUCAUCCCCAAGGGGCUUCUGAGGGAAAAAGACACCAUUCUCGUCCUCGUCAACACCAUCUAUUUCAACGGCACGUGGGAGAAUCAGUUCAGCGAAGAGGCAACCGUGAAGGGCAUGUUUCACAGGUCGGACAACACAGGUGUAGACGCUGAUUUCAUGCACCAAGUGGGACUGUUUGCUUACAAAGAAGAGGCUUACAUGGGGGCUGACUUGGUGAGGUUGCCUUUCAAAGGCGGUGAUAUUUCUUUCUACAUUCUUUUACCCAAGUCCGUAUCUGGUUUGGUCAAAAUCGAGAAAGGACUCUCAAGCGAUAGCGGGGUACUAGACUCAUUGUUUGAUGGCAUGCCAAUGGAGGAUCUCUUAGUUAAGAUGCCCAAAUUCAGACUGGAAGCUUCGAUGAAGUUGAACGACCCUUUGAUCAAACUCGGCAUGCAGAAGGCCUUUUCGGUGGAGGCAGACUUCUCCGGGGUGUCCGACGGACUGGUGCGAAUAAGUCAAGUGUGUCAAAAAGCCGUCAUAGAAGUGAUGGAAUCGGGAACCUUUGCCGGAGCCGCCACUCAGAUACUCGAGCAGGAAUUAAUACUCCCCCCUUUCGUCGACGUCAGCCGUCCCUUCAUGUUCUUCCUCAGGGACGACAGAAACAAACGGAUCCUGUUCCAAGGCAAGUUGACGGAUCCAUCAGUCACAAAGAUCAACAUAGAAUAGAGCUGUGGACGACCAACGGCUCGUUUAGAAUCUAUAGACUUUAUAUUUUGACAUUCGAGCUGAAGUUUGUGAUUAAGUAAAUAUAUCAAUAAAUAAUGUUUGUUGGUCUCCAUGAAAUCGAUUUUUUUAUAUUUUAAAUUUCAUUCAGUUUUAAUUGGGUAUUAAACUAGUUGCGUUAUAGAAAACUGCCUAGGGCCACUGCACUUUAAGGGGCCCCGGCAUUGGGGGAACAAUUUUUUUUUUUAAAAAACGUAUAUUUUAAAAAAAUAUUUUGAGAUUUUGCAGUGUGUGCCCCU